AUGCCUUCCGUGGAACGUAUUUGGGAUCUAAGGUUGACGGGGACACCCCGGACCAGUGACGACCAUUCGGCUGUCCUGAAUCUGUUUGUCAGACGGCAACUGGUCCUCCAAAACCUCGGUAGCGGCAUAACGACGUACGGGGACGCCGCUAUCGUAGCACGGACCAGGAUGGUCCUUCCACCGGGUUUUCUUCGAUUGCCGGUGGAGACCGGCGUCCACAUCGGAUAUAUUCUCGACCAGUUCGGCGUUGACCAUCGGGACCAGUCCUCCUUCGCGAUGCGGAUUUGGGACGCCGCCCGUGAUUUGUCUAGGCUUCAUCCACGUGGUGUCCGUGUGACAGCGAUUCUAGACCUGACGAUCUUAGAAAUCUCAGAAGUGGGGGACUCGGGUAUGCAUGGGGUAAUGGAGCAACCCGACUCAGAACAGGGUCGUGUCGUGAGGAGGGGCGCAUCAAAGUCGGCCAUUCUUGGGCUGAAGGAGAAGGUCUAUGCUGCCGAAGGCGGGGAUUGUUGUUCGAUUUGUCUGGAAGACUUUCACAGGGCGGAAAAGGUCACGGAACUCCCUUGUUCCCAUGUAUUCCACCGCCGGUGCAUCAUUAAGUGGUUGGAGGGUCGUAACUCUUGCCCACUGUGUCGCAGUCAGUUGGAUACUUAG